UUGGAGCUACUAACAGGCAGGAAGACCGCAGUAUUCGAUCAUUAAACCUGUGCGAUAGAUAUCUUAACAGUUCUUGUGACGAACAUUACUGGAACGUAGCCAUGGGGGAAAGGAUUGGUGUGCUGCAGUGGGGAUUUUACUGCGUGGUAGCGCUGACUGCCUUGCCCCCAAUGACGCACGGAGAAACUUACCAAACCUUUUCAAUGGAAUGUGGCGGUACUGUUGACCUGAGUAACACCGAAGCUGCGUUUCUAUCGUACUCGUACGAGCCCGGGCAGGACUGUACCGCGACAUUCACCGGAGUAUCAGGCAAGAAAUUCCUGCUCCACUUCGUGACCCUUGACCUGGGACCUGAUGACACCUGUGAUGAUCAAGAGUUACGGAUCUACGAUGGCGAACAAGCUUCUGGUGACUUGCUGGCAUCGGUGUGCGGAAACGAACAGGAAGACGUCACCACUUCGUCCAACGUCGUCACUCUUCGGCUAACUUCGGGUGACUCGGCGAGUGGCGAUUUCAGGAUCCAGUACACGAUGUUCUACGACUCCGAAGGUGAUGCAUGCCAGGAGAGUGAUGACUUCCGGUGUGAUGACGGGAAGUGUAUCCGGUCGGAGUUACGUCAGGACGGAUACUGUAACUGUCCGGGGAGUGCGGAUGAACCCGACGGGUGUGAAGCUGGAGGCGUAUCAGACAGCGGCGAAGCAGAACCGGAAGGGGAACCGGAACCGGAAUCUGAACCAGAGCCGGAAUCUGAACCGGAACCGGAAUCAGAAUGGAUUCCGGAACUCGGAAUGACCAUGUGGGCACUGACCGGAAUCGUCAUCGGGAUUGUCGCCUUUCUCAUUUUCACAGGAGUGGCUGUUUACUUCGCAGUCAAGCAUUUCAAGAAAGGCAGCGUUGGCGGAAGACCCGGCCCGACAUCAACCAUACCCAUGGAGCAGCCUCCUGCUUAUUCCCCUCAGUCCAAAACUGGACCGGCUCCUAUUAGUGCAUAGACAAACACCAAGUCGAAGGAAUCAGACUGCUGUAUUUUGAGUUUUUUUUGCAUUUCAAGUUCACAGGCCGCUGGAAAGUUUUCGUUUGUGCGUUUACGUGAAUGCAUGGGAAGUUUUGAGGGGGUUAUACAAUGUAAUUUAAUUGGUUAUUAUAUUACACCAUUUUCUGAUUCUCUCCCACACCGCCCACAAACACCCUCCCGGUGCGUGGGAGUAAGUGGACGAGUGGGACUAAUUAAGUGGGCUUAUUGGUAGGGUGAUCACCCAAGGCUUGACCACCCUAUCAAGCUCCUGUCAAAAUUACCUACCACCCUCCACGCAGUUGCGCCUUAAACACAACUCAGACACCCAAAACCAGGAAAUAAUUCGACCUGGAAAUAUUUGUAAUGUUCUGCAAUUAUUAGAUGCUUAGGACAAUUCCAUUUUCAAGCUUCAGUAAUGGUGUACGUUACGUUUUGUUUCUUGUUAAGCUUUUGACUUAUUGUGUUUCUUUUCUGUUACCCGCGAUGUAAUGUUACGGAAUGUUUCGCGCGUGAUCAUGAAAACAAUGAAAAAAUACUGUAGCAACAACGGUAAGUCUUAAUCCACGACAAAUCCGACAUGGCGAAUAAAAGUUAGUUCUGUGUGAUUGUAA